AGUCCUGCCUCUUUCGGCGGCGCCAGGACCUCCCAUUAGUGGUCGAGGCAGCUCCUUGGCUCCGAGAAGCAUCGGGGAGCCGUAGCCUUGCCAUAAUGGUGCGCAUGAAUGUCCUGGCUGAUGCUCUCAAGAGUAUCAACAAUGCCGAAAAGAGAGGCAAACGCCAGGUUCUUAUUAGGCCGUGCUCCAAAGUCAUCGUCAGGUUUCUCACUGUGAUGAUGAAGCAUGGUUACAUUGGCGAAUUUGAAAUCAUCGAUGAUCACAGGGCUGGGAAAAUUGUUGUGAACCUCACAGGCAGGCUAAAUAAGUGUGGAGUGAUCAGCCCCAGGUUUGAUGUGCAACUCAAAGAUCUAGAAAAAUGGCAGAAUAACCUGCUCCCGUCCCGUCAGUUUGGUUUCAUUGUACUGACAACCUCAGCUGGCAUCAUGGACCAUGAAGAAGCAAGACGAAAACACACAGGAGGGAAAAUCCUUGGAUUCUUUUUCUAGGGAUGUAAUACAUACAUGCAAAUAAAAUGGCCUCAGAGGACUCUGGUGCUUCCCUCA